AUGUUGUCGCGGGCUUUUUUGUUUCUUGGCAUGUUAAUUUCCAAAGAGUUCGGGGACAUGUUGAUGUUACAGGAGAUGCACGAUGCCCCUCAAACUGUGUCAAACUACCGACAGCUGUCACUUGCAAACAUUUGGAACGAAACUCUGACUAAAUGCCCAGAGAGGUGA